AUAAAUGGAACAAAGAAACCAAAGAAGUUUUGAUGGUUAAUUGGUGGAGUGUUGCACGUGUUAUUCUAUAAUUUUGUCUUCUUUUUGUUACCUUUCGCAGCAACUCUUUUUUUACUUGUUACAAUAACGUUUCACAGCAAUCUUUUGUGAUAUUAAAAUCGCAUAUUACUUGCAUAGAAAAAUUGAGUGAAGUUAAGAAAAAAUAAAAUAUGUUAAUCAGUUUUAGGCCGGUAUUAAUACUCGAUUAUUAUAUUUAAGAUUAAAUACUGACUUAAAAUGACAACCAAACACAGAGCUGUAUUAACAUCUUAAAACAUUUAUUCAAAACGGUCUUGAAAUAAUAUUCAAUUUUGAAUAUUGGUGUUAAAAUACGUUUUGAUUAUUUUUAACGGACGAUUUGUAUAAAUCAUGACGUUAUCCAAGUUUGCAAAUCAAAGUAAGGAGGAACGUAUGGUAAUAGCAAUUGGAGAAAUUAUACAGGAGUUAUUGAAAGCCCAUAAUGAAAAUCGAGAUGUUAAUUUAAAUAAAUUAAAAACACGAAUUUCUUCCAAAUAUGGCUUGGACUCCUCUCCAAGAUUGGUUGAUAUUAUCGCAGCAGUACCUAGUUCUGCUAGAAAUAUACUUGUACCGAAAUUGAAAGCUAAACCUAUCAGGACUGCUAGUGGGAUUGCUGUUGUAGCAGUAAUGUGCAAACCACACAGAUGUCCACAUAUUAAUAUGACAGGAAAUAUCUGUGUUUAUUGUCCUGGAGGUCCAGAUUCCGAUUUUGAAUAUUCAACGCAAUCAUAUACAGGAUAUGAACCUACAUCUAUGAGAGCUAUACGUGCAAGAUACAAUCCUUUCUUACAAACUAGGCAUCGUAUUGAACAGUUAAAACAAUUGGGCCAUAAUGUUGACAAAAUCGAAUUUAUUGUUAUGGGCGGUACUUUUAUGUCUUUACCGGAAGACUAUAGAGAUUAUUUCAUACGAAAUUUACAUGACGCUCUGUCUGGUCAUACAAGCAGCAAUGUUGAUGAAGCAGUGAGCUACUCUGAACGUAGUACUACAAAGUGCAUUGGCAUUACUAUUGAAACUCGCCCUGAUUAUUGUCUCAAGAAGCAUCUUUCAGAUAUGUUACGUUAUGGUUGCACACGUUUAGAAAUUGGUGUACAAUCAAUAUAUGAAGAUGUAGCGCGCGAUACUAACAGAGGGCAUACUGUACGUGCUGUGUGUGAAAGUUUUGAAUUAGCUAAAGAUGCUGGAUUCAAGGUGAUAGCUCAUAUGAUGCCAAAUUUACCAAAUGUUGAUUUAGAACGAGAUAUCACCCAGUUUAAAGAAUUUUUCAAGAGUCCUGCGUUUCGAGCAGAUGGAUUAAAGAUUUAUCCAACACUGGUUAUACGUGGCACUGGCUUAUAUGAAUUAUGGAAAACUGGGAGAUAUCAGAGCUAUCCGCCCAGUGUAUUAGUUGAUUUUAUAGCUCAUAUUCUAGCUUUAAUACCACCAUGGACUCGCGUUUAUCGUGUACAACGUGAUAUACCUAUGCCACUAGUGACUUCUGGUGUAGAACAUGGAAAUUUGCGUGAAUUAGCUUUAGCAAGAAUGAAGGAUUUAGGCACAGAAUGUCGUGAUGUUAGAACACGUGAAGUAGGAAUUCAAGAAAUACAUCAUAAAGUUCAACCCUACGAAGUUGAACUUAUACGACGUGAUUACACAAGCAAUGGUGCAUGGGAAACAUUUUUGGCAUACGAAGAUCCCCAGCAAGAUAUUCUCAUAGGCCUACUCCGAUUGAGAAAAUGUUCUUCUAACACUUUCAGGCCGGAAUUAAAAGAAAAAACUUCUAUAAUAAGGGAACUUCAUGUUUAUGGCAGUGUAGUACCUGUUAGCGCUCGUGAUCCUACAAAAUUUCAACACCAGGGCUUUGGUAUUCUGUUAAUGGAAGAAGCUGAACGAAUUGCAAAAGAGGAACAUCAUUCUCAUAAAAUUGCCAUAAUUUCAGGCGUUGGUACACGUAAUUAUUACAGAAAACUGGGUUACGAACUUGACGGUCCAUACAUGUCUAAAAUGCUUAUAAUAUAAAGACUAUGUUUCAACGUGCACUAUUGAAAAUUUAUAAUACAUGUAGAUUUUUCAGUACUGAAAGUGUACAUCGGAACACAGCCUAGAUGUGAUGUUACAAAAUAUAUGAAAAAUCAUAGAUAUAAUGAAUAUAACUUCAUCUACAAAAAAACUCUUAGACUUAUUGUUAGUAUUUUUGUAGAAAAACUACAAUGAAGGCUUCUAAUAUUACAUUGUUAAAAAUAAAUGAAACAGAAGAUCCAGAAUACACAUCACAAAUCUCAAAACUUCAGAAAUAUAUUUAUUUGAAAA